GUUUGUUGAGCUGUUACUUUCACCGAGAAAGGCAUACAGGCUGCGGAGAAGGGAAUGACGACGAACUGUGUCAGAAGUUUGUGACUGUUUGGGUUUUGGUCAUAGAUUGUGUUAGUUCCUCCUUAAGCUAAAAUGAAUGGAGUUAAGGUAGGUGCUAGGCACUGCUUGAAGCCUCAACCAGGCUUCACAUGGCUCCUCCUGCAGCUACAAUCUCGGCCUGUGUGAAUGAGGACACACCGCUGUGUCAUGCACCUGUAAAUACGCUAUUCUUUUAGUCCCAGUUUUAUAAAUUGUACUUACCGAAAUCUUCGAAACAGUUCUUUGUAAUCUAUGAUCAUGAUUAAAAGUGAAAACAAAAGCGAAAGGGCGCUGAGGAGCGCGUCUCCGCAUGGGAACGCCUAUAAAUCAGACUUCAAUUCAAUCAAAUGUUCAUUUGAUGGGAGCACAUUGGUCAGCCCGACUUCCCCUUUCUCCAGUGGAGGCAGUGAGACUCGAGGCAGACCGCCAGGAAACAAAGUGAGCCAAAUAAAAAAUAUCUUCUUGCAAAUGGAUGGAAAACUGAAUCAAGACAGUCCCAACAUCACCAAACCCACGUCAACCAGAUUUCCACUGGAUUCCACCUCUUACCGAUCCAGUCUGAGUAGUGUUUCUAGUCUAGAUUCAGCCUCCUUUGAGGCGCGGAGGACGGAGGAUCUUUCCUUUGACAAGACCGCACUGGCUGAGAAAUUUUCAAUGACUAGGAAGCUGUUCGAGAGUGUCCUUAAAGACCAGUCGCCAACAGGGAGAUCUGCUUCUGUUAAAGCUAUCAGCUGGCCUCAACUGGUGGAGAGACAAGACAGGAAAAUGUCAGUUACUGGAGAGCCUAAAGAGCUGGAGGGGCAGGCAAAAGACAGGGAGGACAAGGAAAAGGGGAGAAGUGAAAGUGAGACACCACCACAUAAGCUCAGUGUGUCAAUGAAUGCUGGGCCAAUAUCCAGAUGUCUAGAGAGUUUUAUGUUGGACAGCGAUAGUGAGUCGCUGUCGGCUGCGCCCUCCACCGAAUCCCACAGUCCCAUCAAUCAUUCCCAGUCAACCUCUGCUGCUAGUGACCAUUCAGAUCCCCCUUCAUCACCAGACAGCUGCAGUUCCCCAAUUCCUUAUUCACUCUGGGCUGAUUCUCCUGCUGAAACAUGUGUGCCCAGGUUAAACGGUUCCGAUUUACACAGUACCACACAACACACACUUUCUCCUUUGAAUGGAGUCUGUAUGAAGAAGACAUUACCUUUCCAUAAUUCUGGUUCCACUGCUGAAGAACAUGUUAAUGAGUCAUCAGAAACUACUAUCACAACAGAACCCAUUGCUCUGUUUUCAAGCCAAAAGAUCUACCACUUAUCAGCAAGGAGUAGCUCUAGUCAUGCAUCUGGAGAUGCUGCCAAGGAUCCUGUCCUCCAAGGGGCACAAGGUGAAGGCAAGAGCUCUGAAAAGGGUCCUGGUUUAUCCACGGUUAGAGCUGAGCUGGUGGUGGUGAAGAAUGAAUCAUCCGAGAGUGAGGGUAAUGAGGAAGAACAUAUUGAGGAUGAUGUUUUUCAGGAGGCUGGAAAGGAGGACCAACCCACAAAUCAUGAUUCUGGCAGGGUAUUGACUGACAGCAAAGAGGUCCAAUUAACAUUCCUUGUGAAGGAAUCAAAAAUGAGCAUUACAGGGCAUGAGGUGGAAUGGAGAGAGCUUGAGGAAACUGUACAGGCUGAAAGAGAGGAAGAUCAUAUAGGGGAGAGAAAGUUUCUUGAGGAGAAAAUAAUGCAGAAAGAGGAGGAAGAGAAAAAAGACCACGAGGAAGUAGAACUAAAGAUAGAUCAUGUUGUUCUAGAGACUUAUAUGAGAGAGAGUAAUCAAAAAGCUACUGAUGUUAGAGAAUACGAAAUGCAGGAUGAAUCGAGAGAUGGAGAGGAUGGUAAAGAGGAUGAGGGUGUAGAAGAAGCUAUGAAAGCUUUAGAGGAUGAUGAUGAGCGAGACAUGGAAGAUGAUGUCUUAGCAGAAAAAGAGAGGCAUCAGCUAGAUGAACCAGGCUUGACGGGGAAGAGAUCUUUAAUUUGUGGAAUUGAGAAUGCAGCAUUUGUGGAUGACAAGGACAACUGGACUGAUUUGGAAUUUCAAGUGGAGGAGGAAUCACAGAAAUUUGAAGAAAUUCCAGGCCUCUCUGCUGAGGAAGACCUCAGUCCAAAGAGAAAGAUCAGGUUCUCUACAGCACCUAUUAAGGUGUACUACACUUUCUCUAAUGAUGAUUAUGAUCGCAGGAAUGAUGAGGUGGACCCCGUGUCUGCAUCUGCUGAAUACGAGCUGGAAAAGAGAGUGGAAAAAAUUGAUGUUUUUCCUAUAGACAUUCAGAAAGAAAAUGAUGGUCUUGGCAUCAGCAUCAUUGGGAUGGGGGUUGGGGCAGAUCAAGGGCUCGAGAAACUGGGCAUCUUUGUGAAAACCAUUACAGAGGGCGGUGCAGCUCAUCGGGAUGGACGUAUUCGAGUUAAUGAUCAGAUUGUGGAGGUAGAUGGAAUCAGUUUGGUUGGUGUCACUCAGCUGUUUGCUGCCACCACACUGAAGAGCACCAAAGGUCUGGUCAAGUUUUUCAUUGGUCGGGAAAAACCGGGAGUGGAGAGUGAGGUGUCCCGUCUGAUCAGUGAGACUUUACAACAAGAGACGAGCCCUGAAAACCAGGAGCCCAAAGAUGAAGACCAUCAAAAAUCCCUGAACCCCCAGCUACAGGAUGAAGACCAGAUAUCCCUAAUCCAGGACCACCAACAUCAGGAACAGCAGCAGAUGCAGGAUAAACAGAAACAGACUGAAAAGGAGCUGGGGGCAGUAGAUGAGCCAUUUGACUUGGCACAGGAAGUGUUUUCACAACUGAAGAGUCAAGGCAUUGAUCUACCUGAAGAUAUAGACCCUACUGAGCUAGAAUUCGAAAAGCUACAAAUAAAACACAGUGCCACUGUAACAGAGCUCAAUCAGAUGAGAGAGAAGCUGCGAGUGUGUGAAGCAGACCGUAAGUCUUGGGAGACUCAAGGUGCAUCCCUUGAAAGAAGUGUGGCGGAGAGCCAAGAGCGCAUUGCAAAGUUGGAAAAAUACUGGCUUGAUGCUCAGGCCCUCUGCAAAACCAUUAACCUGCGCCUAAAUGAAGCCCAGAGUCAACAUGAUGCCCUACAACUCAAAUACAACAAAACCAUCACAUUUCUACAAGAGCACCAACAGAGAGAGACCGAAUAUGCAAGGAAAGAGGCACAGCUGAAGAGAAGGCUGGAGCAAAGGGAGAGAGAGUACAAGAGCAGUUUGAGGCAACUACAGCAUAAGAUAGCUGUUCUGGAGGGCCACAGUGGAGCAGACCAGCCCGAAGAGUCGUGCAGCCCUGCAGGAGAUAGUCAACUAAGCAGUCCAACCUCUGGGUCCUCUGAAAGAAAUGGACUGUCUACAGAUGACCUUCACUCUGAUGCAGACUGGGGAGAUGUUCCUCAGACAGAUCGUCUUGACUGCAGUGUCUACAGAGCCAAAGCCAGACUGGCACAGGGAUCCCAACGCAAGCGGCCAUCCCGACAUAAACUCAGAGAGUCAGCGAGAAGCUCGCAGGCACACAGCCAGUCACAGGAAUCUGUGUGCACACAGGACAACAAACUGGAAAGAACAAGCAGUGAAAGAAGGCGAUCUUUCCUUGAGAGCCUCUCCAUACCUGUUCCAUCUCUACAGUCUGGUCACGACCAAAGGUAUGGAGGGGAUCUGUCCACUUCACCCUCUGUUCAGAACCAGACACCCCAGGGAGGCAGCAACACACAGGCCAGCCUGUCGCCCCCUAAAGACUCCUCCAUCCCCCAGUCUCCUUCCUCCUCACAGUCCUCCUCUAGUCUGCUCCUUAACCUGAAAAACCAGAGGAGUAAGGCGAAGGAGCGCAGCAAGAGCAGACACAGCAGAGAUGAAGAAAGUAAUGGUUCACCAACACAAAAGUCCAAAAGACGAUUCCCAGAUUUCAGUGGUAUCCGCAGGUCUGGAGGCAAAGGCAGAAAACGGGAGAGCACCGUGCUUAGAGGAUCUGUUGGGAGCAGGGGAUCAGGAGACUUACUGGAUGAGUCUAGCGGCAAUGUUUCCCCCUCUGGCUCCAUCUCUUCCAUUCCUUCCUGCAUGCCCUUCUCCUGGUUUGGGGACAGAGAGAGGGAAAAAGAUAGAGAGCGAGAAAAGGAGCGCUCUGCUUCUAGUGGCAGUCUGCCUCAUACACUGUCAGAGGGACACAUAGAGGAUGGGCAGGAUCGAACAAACAAGAUCAACCUGUCCUGGACGUCUCUUCUCACUCAUUCUUUAGAUUUGAGCUUAUCUGUGAUGGACAAAUCUAAUGCAGGUAGUCCUUGCUCUGUGUUGGCGGGGUUACUGAAAGAGCCCUGUCUCCUCGGGCACUCACACACAUAUACCUUCUCCUCCUGUGAGACACUUGAUGAUGGCCCUGUUCCUGCAGCAAAGCAAUACAUGUGGCAGAACCGCCCCCUUUCAGAGUGGACCAAUCAGCAGAUCUGCCACUGGUUGAUGGGCAUGAACAUGGAACAGUAUAUAGCGGAGUUUAUAGCUAAGAGUGUGGAUGGCCAACAUCUCUUGUGCAUGGACAGCAGUAAACUUAAGGAGCUUGGUGUGUCUAGCCACAGAGAUCGCUCCACCAUUAAGAAGAGACUGAAAGACAUGAAGAAGGCUCAGGAAAAACUCGAAAAACAGCAAGUAAAAAAAGAGAAAGAAAGGGGGAGAGGGAAAGAGGUCAGGUAAAAGCAGCAAUACAACAAACUUUGAAUCAGCCUGCUGAAGUAACGAACCCGUUCAGUCAAGGGACCUUUUUCGGGCAGUAAAUGUGCAAGCUCACUAAUGGGAGUACUGAUAAUGUGGACUGAUAUAGAUGGAGUAGACUGUCUCGCACACAGUGCAUGAAUGAUUUGUAAACUGGAGAGAAAGUAAUAUGGGAGAACACAUUAAAAUUCAGGCAGAUGUCUUUUUGCGGUUAAGCCUGAUAGAACAUGUUUUUACUGUAAAUGUGUCUUUGAUAAGCUCCUUAACAGCUCUUGUGACAACCCAGGUGUUAAAAAUCUAUUCAUUUUAACUACACGGACAUUCAACAUGCUUAAUGGCCCUUUGAAAAAAUGGGAAUUCAUAAAUAAUCUAAUUAUACAAAAGAAUAUUUCAUUGCCUUUAACAGAUUUGCUUGAGUGUUAUGAGGGUUGGCGCUGUACGUGGUACUAAAAUGAUUUGACUACUGUCCACCAGAGGGCAGCGAAGUAAUGUUAAAUGUCCUGCGAUAAGGUUUCAUCCAUGUACAGUCUUAUUCCUAUCAUGAGCCAAUCUGCUAGUGCACUUUAGCCUAAAGUCAACUAACAAUCCAAGUGUGAUUGUCUCAAGUUUAUGCACACUCAUUCCCAGGGUUAGUAAGGGCACACCAAGUUGGCUCCCUCUCCAAGUGUGCACUUUUAAGUGAGCACUUCACAACACUAGACAGAACUUUUCUUUCUUCUUCUUUUCGUUUUGGAAAGAAUAAUUUUUUAUAUGUCUUGUGCAUAACUUUUAGUGAUGUACACUUUACUGCAAAGAGAGGAGAGCAAUUAAUUGUCUUCUAUGUUACACUUGAUGAUGAUUUUACAUGUGUAUUAAUAAAUAAAUAUUUUACAACUACAGAAUUUAUAUAUAUAAAUAUAUGUAUGUGUGUGUGUGUGUGUGUGUGUGUGUGUGUGUGUGUGUGUGUGUGUGUGUGUUAGUAUACAGAUAUAAAUCUGUUUGAAUUAGGACAUUAUGCACCAGAAAGUAUUUUGGACACAUUAGCUACACUUAAAUGAGAAGUUCACCCAAAAAUGAUUAUUCUCUCAUCAUUUACUCAC